AUGGUCAAUCGCUCAGCAGCCAUUGUCGAUGACGAUGUGGAUGAUGGUUUGCCUUCAAAAAGCCAGUAUCGGCGAAGACCUCUUCGUACAUUCGGCGCGGAUUACACGGGCCUAGCCCAUACACGGGAUGAUGCUUUAGAACAAAAUGAGGAAGGCGAGUUUGAUGAUACACAUACACCUCCAAAUGUUCCCGCUUGUGGAGCACAAGAAUAUGCCACUUUUAUGCAGGCGAUACAACCAAGCUUAGACCGUAAUGCAAAAAUACCAUCGAACACCUUUUGUCCCCUCUCUGAAGCCAUCAUCACCAUACCUACCUCCUGA